AUAUAUAUAUAUAUAUACACACACAUAUAUAGUCUUCUCACUCUAAGAUGACAGUAUACGACGCAGCGUUCGUGAACAGCGAGCUCUCGAAGCCAACCUCGAUAUUCGGCCUCCGAUUAUGGGUAGUGAUCGGAAUCUUCGUUGGAGCAAUCAUCGUCCUCAUCCUCUUCCUCCUCUCUCUCUGCAUCACCUCUCGCCGCCGCAAAUCCCCCAAGCUCCUCCACCACCACAAGCUCGACCUCACUCCGGUCGUCUCCAAGGAAAUCCAGGAGAUCGUCCACGACGCCGCAGCAGAUCACCGCCCAAUCGCCGUGCCGGAGAUCCAGAUCGAUAUCGGCAAGGCCGAGCACAGGGUUGUCUUCUCCGAUCGACCGUCGAGCGGUGAGAGCCGAGCGACGAGCGGCAACGACACGGCGUCGUUUGGAGGCGGCGGUUCGAUGCCGGAGGUGUCGCAUCUGGGGUGGGGGCGGUGGUACACGUUGAGGGAGCUUGAGGCGGCUACGAAUGGCUUGUCUGAUGAGAAUGUGAUCGGUGAAGGUGGUUAUGGUAUCGUCUAUAGUGGUGUAUUGGCUGAUAAUACUCGUGUUGCUGUGAAGAAUCUUUUGAAUAACAGGGGUCAAGCUGAGAAGGAAUUUAAAGUAGAGGUGGAAGCAAUUGGGCGUGUAAGACACAAAAACCUUGUCAGGUUGCUGGGUUAUUGUGUGGAAGGUGCUUACAGGAUGCUUGUAUACGAGUAUGUGGACAAUGGGAAUUUGGACCAGUGGCUUCAUGGAGAUGUAGGAGAAGUCAGCCCUUUAACAUGGGACAUCCGUAUGAAUAUCAUAUUGGGAAUGGCAAAAGGAUUGGCCUAUCUCCAUGAGGGUCUUGAACCAAAGGUUGUCCAUCGAGACAUCAAAUCUAGCAACAUACUACUCGAUCGUCAAUGGCAUCCUAAGGUGUCAGAUUUUGGGCUUGCCAAGCUCUUGUGUUCUGAGAGAAGUUAUGUAACAACUCGUGUGAUGGGAACAUUUGGUUAUGUUGCACCGGAAUACGCUUGCACUGGUAUGUUGAAUGAGAAGAGUGAUAUUUAUAGCUUUGGAAUACUUAUAAUGGAGAUAAUUUCUGGGAGAAACCCUGUUGAUUAUAGUCGACCAAAGGGAGAGGUGAACUUAGUUGAUUGGUUGAAGACAAUGGUUGGAAAUCGAAAAUCUGAGGAAGUUGUGGAUCCAAAGUUGCCUGAGAUGCCACCUUCAAAAGCACUGAAACGCAUUCUGUUGGUUGCUCUUAGAUGUGUUGAUCCUGAUGCUCAAAAAAGGCCCAAAAUGGGACACGUGAUCCAUAUGCUUGAGGCAGAUGAUCUGCUAUUUCGUGAUGAAAGACGAAUUGGGAGAGAACCUCUGCAUUCCCAUCGUGAUCAUAAAGAAGACAAUCUCACAGUUUCAAAAGUAGGUGAUAAGCUGUUUGGUGAAGGUGCUUCGGAUACAAGCGAAGGUGAAAGUAGUAGGAGACAUGACCAGCCAACUAGGUGCAGAUGAAUUAUGUUACUACACCAGUUUCUUCAAAAAAUUUCAAGGUUAUUUAUAGGUUCUCUAUUUUCCCAUUAGUAGCCUAGUUUUUUUUUUUUUUUGGUGCUGAAACUUCAAUUCAUAGGAUAUGUUUUAUCUGCAUUUGUUAUAUGCUUCUUUUUUCUUUUCUUUUUUUUGUUAAAUGUAUUUGUAUAUUUGAAUAAUUUAUUCAUCAAUUUAUACAAAUUAUAUAACCCAUUGGUUGAUU